AUGGACUGCCAGGAGAAGGUGCGCUUGGAAAGCAGUCAUGUUGGCUGGACUUUCACGGAACCGUCGGAGCUGAAAUGCAAGAUCGACCAGGAGAGCAGCAAGAGAGAGUUUCUGACGAAUCAGUCCCACCUCAAUGAAACCCACUGCGUCCACUGCCUCCAGCCCUUCAAGUUCCUGCCGAACAGCAAGCGGCAGUGCCUGGACUGCCACUUCUACACCUGCAAGAACUGCAGCCGCUACAACAAGAAGGAGCAAGGCUGGGUCUGCGAUCCCUGCCGCCUCUCCAGGAUCAUGAAGAUCGGUUCCCUGGAGUGGUACUACGAACACGUGCGAUCCCGUUUCAAGAGGUUUGGAAGCGCCAAAGUGCUGCAGUCCCUCUACGGCAGGCUGCAGCCGGGCCAGGGGGUGAACUCCGCAUUUUUAGGUCUUCAUGACAGAGUUUACAGCCUGCCAGACAUUAACAGUGAAUGCCAGCUCCUCACCAGCGGUGGCGUUGGGGGCGACAGCGAUGAUGAAGACGAUGUCCUUCGUGGAGCUGAAGCAGAGUGCUACAGCAGAAUGCGCAAGACAAAGCGCCUGCUGUCUGUCCAUCCCUUUGAUUUUGAACUGGACUCGGAAUACUCUGCUCAGUCUCACCACCAGUCUGUGCAGCUCUCUCCAGCAGCCGGCAGCCCAGAUGAUUUCCAGUCCUUCCCAGAUUUCCCCAGCACAGCAGAAGAUGCCUCCCAGAAGGAGUCCAGGAUUGCAGAGGCAGAUCUGGUCUUCCACCACGUCUUGCAGGAACAAGGACCAGGCAUGAGCCCUCCAGAGCAGCACUUCAGCACAGAGGUUCGGCUCACCGUCAAUUCACAGAGAAGGAGCCUGGAAAGAAAUGUAAAACCUGGCAGCCCCUGGAACGAGCAGCCCCGAUCUCGGUACUCUGCAGAUAUGGACACUUCUGACGAGGAUGUGAAGGGAGCCCUGUUCCCUGCCUACCCACCCCAUCAUGCGAAACGCCGGAACAGAGCUUCCUCCCAGGAGAACGUCAGCCACUCUGGGAAUCAGAUUCAUGAGCUCAACAAACGCAUGUCCGCAAUCGACGAAAUGAACCGCUUGGAGGAAAAAAUCCUGGUGCGAUCUGAUGAGUCUCCAGGCCCAGAGUCCCAACUCGAUCCUGAUGCCGAGGAGGAGGAAUUGAAGAGGAAGCUGGAGGAGUUAGCUAGCAACAUCAGUGACAAAGAAGUCUCUUCUGAAGAAGAGGAGCGUGAAGAAAAGAGAGUGAAGAAGCCAGAGAUGAGUUCCUCCAGUGAUGACGUGGCCAGAGAUGCUCGAAAGAGGUCAUCGGCUCAGGCUUUGAGCGAAAUCACAGCCAAAGUACUGAGAGCCAUAAACACCACGGAGAAAGCAGUGUGUGAGUCGUUGCAUAGAGAGAGCCAGUGCAACGGCAGCUGUGCCCUCCCUGCCGGGCAGCUUCCCAGCCUGGGAGAUGGGAAAGAGGUGGCCGAAGCCUACCGUGAGCUUGAAGAAAACGUGUACCUGACUGCUGGGAAGACCUACCAGCUCGAGAAGACCCUGAAGGAGCUUGAGGAAGGGACUCGGCACAGCGGCACUACUGACUCAGAGCUGUCUGAGCUGGAGGACAAAGUGGCCUCAGCAGCCGCUCAGGUGCAGCAGGCAGAGAGUGAGGUAUCAGACAUUGAAUCUCGAAUUGCAGCUCUGUCCGCUGCAGGGCUGACAGUGAAGUCGGUGGAAAAGGCGAGGAAGAAGUCAAGCGGGCAGGCUGCCUGUCUUCACUCUCCUGGUCCGCACAGCAGCAGUCCAGGGGAGCCUUCGGAUGAUGUUAAAGCGAUGCCUGGACCACAGGGGUUCAGGAGGAAGUUCAACAGCCCCCUCGAAAUUACUGGUCUUGAUGACUCCUUCGACCGCAACUCUGUUUACCGUGGCUCCCUGACACAGAGAAACCCCAACGGGAAGAACAGGAGGGUGGAGCGGCUCUUUGCGAAGCCUGUGAUGACCCACCUGUCCUGA